AGGCGCAUGUGAUGGGAUUUCUAGCUUGCGUAAAUCCCUUUGGGAUACUGCAAGACUUCUUAGCUGACUGUUUCUACAAAUAUGGGUUAUUUAUAAGCAAGCAUCCUCGAUCGUUCGCUUUGGGACCACUGAUUUUGACAUGUAUCUUAGCAAUGGGAGUUUUCAAUGUCAGGAUGGAGGAUGAUUUGCGCUUUCUAUACUCACCCGAACAUUCCCGGUCAAGAGUAGAAUAUCAAGUGCAUAGGAAUUUUACCGGAGCUUCUGCGAACAACUCAUUCGUUUCCGUCACUGUAGAAUCAAUGGAUGACGAUAAGAACCUGCUCAAUAAGGAGAAAUGCCAUCUAAUUCGAAUGCUGAACAAAUAUGUUUUGGAAAACAUGACAUUGAACAUUAGAGGAGAAGAAGUGAAUUUUGGGAAAGAUGUGUGCCCAGUACUCAAGCAGUGCACUUUUAGCAACACAAUAGCGGACAUUUUCUUCGAUACUUUUUGGAACAGUCGGCUGAGAGCAGAUCCUCGAAUCAAAAUCGAGUAUCCCAUUAUGACAUUUUUUGAAAAUAAAAUGUUUUUGCCCACGCAUCUCUAUGGAGUACGUCUUGGUGGCAAUAAUGAACUGAAAUAUGUGGAAAUGGUUCAUUUGAUCUACCAAAUUCCCGGCUAUAAGGAGGUUAACUCAGAUGAGGUGUCUGUUGCUUUUGCUGAUGCUAUACGUGGAGUACUUGGCACUCCUUUGGCCCCUUUCACCACAUCCAUUUUCAGUCUUUCUAUUUUGAAGGAGGAAAUGCAGAAAAAUGCUACUUAUACUGUACCGUUCAUUUCGCUAACGAUUCUCCUCCUUGUCAGCUUUACUGUGGGAUCAUGUAUGACCGGCGACUGGAUUACAUCAAAACCUAUCGAAGCUAUGAUAGGUGUGCUAACUUCUUCAAUGGCCAUUGUCAGCGCCGGUGGUCUGCUCUUUGCCCUUGGAGAACCUUUUAUAUACCAGGUGACAGUCAUGCCCUUCAUCGCCCUAGCUAUCGGUGUCGACGAUGUCUACGUAAUGUUGGGAGCGUGGCAAGACACCAGAAGAACGCUGUCUCCAGAUAAACGAAUGGCUCUUGCGCUGGAAGAAGCCGGGAGCGCAAUAUCUGUCACCUCCAUCACUUCGAUCCUUUCUUUUGGGAUCGGCUCAUUUUCAUCGACACCAGCAAUCUCUAUUUUUUGCAAGUUUAUUAUGGUUGCCGUAGCUUUCGAUUGGUUCUAUCAGCUGACCUUCUUUGCUGCGGUUAUGGUAUUAGGAGCUAGACGAGAGGCAGCUGGGUAUCACUGUAUAAUGGUAUGGAAGCGAUGUGAUAAGGGUGAAAUAGAGAAGGCAAAAGCUCCAGAUGCAAUUUCGCCAACAAAACAUUUCUUUAGCAAUAUCUUUGCUCCCAUCAUAUGCCAUCCAGCUGCAAGGAUUUUCAUUGUUAUAGUGUAUAUAUUCUACAUCCUCACUGCUUUCUAUGGUUGCGCACAACUGGAGCCGAACUUGACACCUUCGAGACUGGUAGUGGAUGAUUCUCCACUAAUCCACUACCUUCACUUGGCAGAAAAUCGUAUCUGGGCUGAAGGCUUGAUUGGCAGGGUCUACGUCAACAAGGCACCUAACUUCAAGGAUCCAAUUCAAAUUGAACGUAUGCUAAAUCUCGUGCAUGAUCUGGAAAGUACCCCGUACUCAAUGGGACCCAAUUCAACAUCUUUCUGGCUCCGAGACUUCAACAAUUACAGACAGUAUUUUACGGAGGAUAACGAACGCUUCUAUGCCACUCUGAAAGCUUUUCUUCAAGUCUCUUUCAACAAUCAUUGGGAAACUGACAUACACUGGACUGAUCAAGGACAAAAGACCGAGCAUGUGGACAAAUUUGUGUUCACCACUGCCUUCAAAAUAGCGAGCUGGAACGUACGCACUGAACUACUUCUUAUGUGGAGAAAUAUCACUAGUCAUUAUCCGGAAUUUGAAGCGCUCGUUUUUGAUGAGAAUAAUUUUUACUCAGAUCAAAUGUUGGAACUGCAAACAACUACUUUGCAAUCGCUUGGAACCGCGAUUUUGACUCUAAUUGCAGUAUGCAUCCUUUUUGUUGCCGAAUCCUCUAUCGUAUUUUGGGUGACAUUCAGUCUGAUCUCUAUGGACAUCGGCACAGCCGGGUUUUUAUCGCUUUGGGGUGCUGAUCUGGAUCCAACCACUGUCGUCAACAUUUUGAUGUCUAUCGGCCAAUGUAUCGACUUCGCCACACAUGUGGGCUACCGUAUCUAUCGUUCUGAAUGUAAGGACCCGGAUGAGCGCAUGCGCGAUGCUAUGGGAGCCAUAGCAUGGCCGGUGCUUCAGGCUGGCAGCUCUACGCUUCUUGCUAUUGUUGUGAUGAUUCUCGUACCAUCGAACGCAGUUCGAAUGUUCGCUCGAACAUCUGUGCUUGUCGUUGCUACGGGUUUAUUCCAUGGCCUUCUGGUGCUACCCGUCGUAAUUCGCACAUUUGCAAGUCAUGCCAAAGCUCAUGUUCCAAAGCGAAAGGACUGAUUACCGCUUUGACAAUGGUGUUAUGAUUCUAGAUCUGCUUCGCAUUUAAUCACGAUGUUCUGGUCUUGGGCUUCUUUCACUUUUCAACCUUUAUUAUCUUGCAUCAGUGUACGUGUAC